AUGUCUGCUAGCAAACUCGGACGUGCAUUGGCCAAGGGGGUGGGCAUCGAUGUCGACUAUCGACAGGAGCCCAAGGAGUCGAUGCGUUCGGCUGCUGACUCUAUCCGGUCGUUGGAGCACUUUGACGAAGAUGAGCCGUCGACCAAGGAGUGGUUGAUGAACCACAGGCCAACUGCUGCCGGUGUUUCCUACUACUUCAAUUCUCUCUUCCCUUUCUGGUCCUGGAUCUUCCACUACAACACCCAAUGGCUGAUUGGUGACAUCAUCGCUGGUGUCACUGUCGGGUUCGUCGUCGUGCCCCAGGGUAUGGCUUAUGCCCUGCUAGCCAGACUCCCCCCAGAGUAUGGACUCUACACUUCUUUUGUCGGUUUCAUCCUCUACUGGGCCUUUGCCACCUCAAAAGAUAUCACUAUCGGAACUGUUGCGGUCAUGUCUACCAUUGUCGGAAACAUCGUCACCAAGGUCCAGGCCAAGGAACCCGACAUCUCAGCACCACAAAUCGCCAGAGGCCUCUCCCUCGUCGCCGGCGGAGUCCUCCUCUUCAUCGGCUUGACCAGACUCGGCUGGAUCGUCGAGUUCAUCCCCUUGGUCGCCAUUACCUCCUUUAUGACCGGUGCUGCCAUCUCCAUCGCCGUUGGCCAGGUUCCUGCCAUGAUGGGCCUAAAGGAAGUAAACAACAGAGAGUCAACCUACAAGGUCUUCAUCAACAUCUUCAAGAACCUCAAGCACACCAGGCUCGAUGCAGCUAUGGGACUGAGUGCCUUGGUUCUUCUUUAUGGCAUCAGAGCGUUUUGCAACUUCAUGUCCAAGAAACAGCCCAACAGACGCAAGAUGUGGUUCUUCAUCUCCACCCUGAGAAUGACCUUUGUCAUCUUGCUGUAUACCAUGAUCAGCUGGCUGGUCAACAGAGAUAUCAAAGACUACAAGAAGGCUAAGUUCAAGAUCCUCGGAACCGUUCCCAAGGGUUUCCAACACGCAGGUGUGCCCAGUAUUGAUGCAAGACUGGUCAAGUCCUUUGCCCCGGAUUUACCAGCCACAAUCAUCGUCCUCAUCAUCGAACACAUCGCCAUCUCCAAAUCCUUCGGAAGAAUCAACAACUAUGUCAUCAACCCUUCCCAGGAAUUAGUUGCCAUUGGCUUCACCAACCUCUUCGGGCCUUUCCUUGGUGCCUAUCCUGCCACUGGAUCCUUUUCGCGAACUGCCAUUAAGUCCAAAGCCGGUGUCCGUACGCCGCUCGCUGGUAUCUUUACCGCUGCCAUUGUUCUGUUAGCACUCUAUGCCUUGACUUCUGUGUUUUAUUAUAUCCCCCUUGCUACUUUGUCUGGCUUGAUUAUCCACGCUGUCGGUGACUUGAUCACUCCUCCCAAUGUUGUCUACCAAUUCUGGGAAGUCUCGCCUCUCGAGGUAUUCAUCUUUUUUGGAGGUGUGCUCGCCACGAUCUUCACUGAAAUUGAGAAUGGUAUCUACCUUACCAUCGCCGCCUCUGCAGGUCUGCUCCUGUACCGCAUCGCCAAGGCAAAGGGAACUUUCCUGGGCCAGGUCAAGGUGUACCGUGUAACCAAGGACGACAGCAUGAGGAAGGGUGACAGGUCAUAUCGUGAAGACACCAAGCUGACCUCGAGAGAUGCAUUCUUGCCAGUCGAGCAUCAAGAUGGCUCGAAUCCGAUGAUCGAGGCACAGUCUCCUCACCCAGGUGUCUUCAUCUAUCGAUUCAACGAAGGAUUCACCUAUCCUAACGAAGGCCGCUAUCUCCACAGCUUGACGGAGUACAUCUUCAAAGUGACAAGGCGCACUCAACUCGACACCUUUGCGAAGCUUGGGGACCGCCCAUGGAACGAUCCUGGCCCCCGACGUGGUGAAGUCGUCAAUGUCAACGACAACCGCCCAAUCCUCCGCGCUAUAAUCAUCGAUUUCUCGUCCGUCAACCACGUUGAUGUCUCCUCUAUCCAAGGUCUCAUCGACGUCCGUAACCAGCUUGACCGCUAUGCCGCUCCCGAGAUAGUUGAGUGGCACUUCGCCUGCAUCUCCAACCGAUGGACAAAACGUGCUCUCGCCUCCGCUGGCUUUGGCUACCCAUCUCCCAAGACUCCCGAGCUGCUCGGCAACUGGAAACCCAUCUUCAGUGUCGCUGCUGUUGGCGCCGAGGAAGUUGUAAAUGAGAAGACUCACGCAUCCCAGAGGGCACACACAACCAAUCCUACCAGCACAGAAGAUGACUUGGAGAUUGGUCAUGCACCAUCCGAGGAUGGCGAUCUCGACGACGAGAAGAACCAUGGCGUCUCUACCCACGUCACCGCCGUCCCACAGUCAAAUACACUGCCCAAGAGGGUUGGGAAUGUGCACAGCAUCCACCGGCCAUUCUUCCAUAUAGACAUACAAGCUGCCGUGGAGAGCACUCUUCUCAACAUCGAGACUAGGACGGCGAAAGACUCGUCGCCUCCAAGCGUGUCGAAGGGCUUUGAAUGA